UUAGUACUUGUGAUAUAAAGUAGCAGAAAGCUGGUACGGUUAGAUUUACUCUCUGGCAGAGCACUGCUCAGCUUCUCACUGAUCUCUCGUCAUGGAAGCCACAACUGAGUAUUUCAGUGAUGAAUAUUACUAUUAUAAUUACAGUGAUGAAAAUGAAACUAACUUGGAUGGCCCGGAAAUUUGUGCCAGCUCAAAUUUUUAUGGGUUCCACAUCUUCCUGCCCGUGAUCUAUUAUCUUAUAUUCUUCACAGGAUUCUGGGGAAACCUUUUUGUGAUCUCAGUGGUGGUGAGCAAAGGAAAACACAGAGGUCGUCUGGUGGAUAUCUUUGUUGUCAACCUGGCUGUGGCUGACCUCAUAUUCGUCCUCACAUUGCCCCUCUGGGCCAUCUCUGCCUCCCAGAACAACCACUGGAACUUUGGAUCUGCGAGUAACUGGCUGUGCAAACUGAGCAGCUACAUCAUUUCUGUCAAUCGCUUCUCCAACAUCUUCUUUCUCACCUGCAUGAGCAUUGAUCGCUACCUGGUCAUAGUGAAGCUGAUGGACUCGAGGUACCUCAGAAGAAGUUGGUGCAUCAUUGCCACUUGCAUUGCUGUCUGGAUUACCUCCCUCGUGCUUGGCAUCCCGUCUCUGGUAUACAGAGAGGUGGAGACGUACGAUCAAAGCCAGGCCUGUCUGGAAGACUCCUCUUCAACGUUUUUUCUCGUCACAAACCUGAUGAUGGCAUUUUUGACUUUCGUCUUUCCAGUUCUAAUUAUUGUGCUCUGCUAUGGCACCAUCAUCAUGCAUCUGAACAAGCACUGCAGUGCUGUGGGAAAUCCUCGGGCGGAGGCCCGUCGAAGACACUCUUUGAAAAUGGUCCUCUGCAUCAUAAUAGCCUUUGUGGUGUCCUGGCUCCCCUACAAUAUCUUUAAAAGCUUUAAUAUCAUUUUACGCCUCUCCCAGGCCCAAGUAGGAUGUGAAACUCAGUACGUCCAAAACAACGGCCUCCUCAUCUCUUGCUGCAUGGCUUUCUUCAACAGCUGUGUAAAUCCAGUCAUCUACUUCGUCCUGGACCAUAACUUCAGGCAGCGAGCGGGGAUGCUCUAUCACAGCUGCAAAGGAAAGCCUCAGAUGCUGCAAAGCUUCAACUCCUCAAUUACCUUCACCAACGCGUCAGAAAGUUUUGGAACAAGUGGUGGCCGAAGCCAGUUUCAGAUUUCGCAGUAGGAGCACAGAACACACGGAGAUCGUCAGGUCUGAGGAUCGCAAAGUCAGUAUUUCACAGUUCCACUAAGAUUUGUAUGAAAUAUUUUGAGUUCACUUUUAUGACAGAAAUAAGUUUCUUUCUUUAGAGAUCUUCAAAAAUGCUUUUUUAUUCCUCUCGGAAUAUUUUUCAUUAUUAUUUUUAUUUUCUUCAGUUCAUUUACCUCUAAAUUAUGCUCUAUUUUAGGCAUUGGUAAACAAGUUGUAUUAUUUUUGUCUGUGAUAAAAAUGUUUUUACAUAUAAAUAGUUAAGUAUUGUUUUGCAUUAAUAGACAGCAUUUCAUUAUGUUUUGUAAUAUCAAUAUAUCAGUAUCUUAAACAGUUAUUCACCCACUGAGCAGCAUUAUGUGUCAAGCUGUGUUUGAGGAGUGUUAUCGUCAUGCAUCAAGUUGUACUUUCAUAUAUUUUUAGUUGUCCUUUCUAACAUGACUAUGUGAACUUAAAAUAUACGUAAGUUUAUGCUAAAUAAUAAACAGGUUUGUUCUGAA